AUGGUGCUGUCGGUGCCUGUGAUCGCGCUGGGCGCCACGCUGGGCACAGCCACCAGCAUCCUUGCGCUGUGCGGGGUCACUUGCCUGUGCCGGCACAUGCACCCCAAGAAGGGGUUGCUUCCGAGAGACCGCGAGCCCGACCCUGAGAAGGCGAGGCCAGGCGUGCUCCAGCCGGCACAACAGUUCAACAUUCAAAAGUCCACAGAGCCUGUCCAGCCCCGUCCUCUUCUGAAGUUCCCAGAUAUCUAUGGUCCCCGGCCAGCUGUGACAUCCCCAGAAGUCAUCAACUAUGCAGACUACACUCUGGGGACCACAGAGGAGUCUGCUGCACCUGCCAGCCCCCAGGCCCAGAGUGACAGUCGCCUCAAGAGGCAGGUCACAGAGGAGCUGUUCAUCCUUCCUCAGAAUGGUGUGGUGGAAGAUGUCUGUGUCAUGGAGACCUGGAACCCAGAGAAGGCUGCUAGCUGGAACCAGGCCCCCAAACUCCAUUUUCGCCUGGACUAUGACCAGAAGAAGGCCGAGCUAUUUGUGACUAGCCUGGAAGCUGUCACCAGUGACCAUGAAGGAGGUUGUGACUGUUACAUCCAAGGAAGCGUGGCUGUCAAGACCGGCUCUGUGGAGGCACAGACGGCCCUGAAGAAACGGCAGCUGCACACCACCUGGGAGGAGGGCCUAGCCCUGCCCCUGGGUGAGGAUGAGCUCGCCACAGCCAUCCUGAGGCUCACCUUAAGGACCUGUGACCGCUUCUCCCGCCAUAGUGUGGUUGGGGAACUCCGCCUGGGCCUGGAUGGAACAUCUGUGCCCCUGGGAGCAGCACAGUGGGGUGAGCUGAAGACCACAGCAAAGGAGCCAUCCGCAGGGACCGGGGAGGUUCUUCUGUCCAUCAGCUACCUCCCAGCUGCCAAUCGCCUCCUGGUGGUGCUGAUUAAAGCCAAGAACCUCCACUCCAACCAAUCCAAGGAUCUUCUCGGCAAGGAUGUCUCUGUCAAGGUGACUUUGAAGCACCAGGCUCAGAAGCUGAAGAAGAAACAGACAAAAAAGGCCAAGCACAAGAUUAACCCUGUGUGGAAUGAGAUGAUCAUGUUUGAGCUACCAGAUGACCUGCUGCGGGCGUCCAGUGUGGAGCUGGAGGUGCUGGGCCAGGGAGAGGGGGGCCCGAGCUGUGAGCUGGGUCACUGCAGCCUAGGCCUGCAUGCCUCAGGCUCUGAGCGCAGUCACUGGGAGGAGAUGUUAAAGAACCCACGCCGGCAGAUUGCCAUGUGGCACCAACUGCACCUGUAG